AUGUCUACAAAUAAAGAUCUUAUGAUCAAAAACAAUUAUGAUAUAACAGAGUGGAUAUUGAUAAAACAAGCACAAUCUGAUGGAAUAACCAAGCAACAAAUAGAUAUAUGGAAUCUAUAUCUCGAUGAAAAGGAUGACUUAAACAGAAGCAUGAAGAGCUGUACCAUGCAGGAAUUGAAUACAUGUUAUAUGGAUACAUGGCUUGUAAACGAUGGAGGACCAAAUCAUUCAAAAUACCGUAGAUGCCAAAUCCGCCAUAAUUUCAUGUCAGAAAAUCAAGAAUCUUUGAACAGAUUGGUCUUGAUUGUUUGGGAACUUUCAAUCAGAAUUGAUAAUGGUGUAGUCAAAAGGUGUCCUGUUUUAUUACACGAGCAGUGUACUUAG